ACGGAGGGGCGGAUUAAGGAUCAAAGAGUAACUUGUCACAAAGUAGUUGCGGGGUUAUUUAGCGGCCGGCGCGCGGACACGGGCCAUUGUUGCGCUCGCUGUUGGAGUGUGAGCGGACGCCUUUCUAAAAAUAAUCGCCGUCGGCGUGGAUGAAGCGGCGAGCGGCGGCGGCGGCGGCGGGACGUCCCUUCCCUGCUCGGGAUCUCCUCUGCUCUGAGACAUGCCCGGAGUCUCUUUGGGGAGGCGGCUUCUAUCCCGGAAAGUCUUGUUCUAUUUGUUCCGCGCGCAAACCGCGCACUCCUUAAUCUGCGAGGACGCGCCGCGAACAUGGCCUUUCACUCCGCCUCGGCAGAGUUCGAGGACGCGUCAAAGACUUUAAUGGCCAGUGAGUCGGUUCGCUUCAGCAGCGGCGGCGGCGGCGGGGACACCUGUCCGAGCACGGCCGAGCUCAGCAAAGCGGUGUCCGUGUCCUUGGGCUUGGACCCACUGGCUUCCCCGCUCGGCGCCAACCCGAGCGGCUCGCUGGCGGACGGCGACCCCGCCGCAGGAAGCGGCUCUUCCCGCGGGCUGGCGGCCGCCUGCGCUCUCGCACAAGGAAGCGACGGACUUUUUGAGCUGAAGGAGGACGAGUUCGGAGCCGUGUGUCGGGAUUUCCAGCAGGUGAGCUGCAUGGAUCUGCUCAGAUCGGGUGACACGGAGAGCGCGACGCGCGCCGCUCCGGUCAUGUCCACGUUCGUUGGCAGAGAAUCCAACUUGUUCACGGACGCCGGGACGGAGGAGCCGCCACCGCCGCAAGUGGACCAGGUCUCACCUUUGACCCCGUACUCUGCCUACUCCACGACUCCCAGCCUCUACAUGGAGCCGUGGAGCGCCGCCGAGCGCGCUCAGCACGGGCGACCCGGACCCAGUGGACACCAUUUGUGGUGUAAAUAUUGCAAUUGCGAGCAAGCGACCGUGGGCUCCAGGCACGGCUGCCGCUGCGUCUGGUACAAAGGAGAGCGGCUCGUGAACGGUGGCGCACGGGCGUCGGUGGUGGCACAGUACGGCCAAAUGGAAAGUUACCGAAGUGCGAUCCCCCUCGGAGCCGCUGCUUACUCCAGCAUCAAGAGCGAACCCUCCGUGUGGAUGGACUGUGGGGACCGAGCCAUCAGGCACGAGGACCUGUUCCCCGGGGUCUACCUGUCUGACAGGAGAGUGUGCCAGGUGUGCGGCGACGAUGCCUCCGGAUGCCACUAUGGCGCCGUCACCUGUGGCAGCUGCAAAGUGUUUUUCAAGCGGGCCGCCGCCGACCCGUGUGUGCCAACAGGUAAACAGAACCACCUGUGCGCCAGCCGCAACGACUGCACCAUCGACAAGCUGAGGAGGAAAAACUGCGCCUCGUGCCGCCUGAAAAGAUGCUUCAUGUCUGGCAUGAGCCUGAAAGGCCGCAGGCUGAAGGGAUCCGGGCAGACGAGGAGCGAAGAGGAGGAGCAGACCUCCUCAGCUCUCUGGGGGUCUGCAGAGAGAGGCGAGAGGAGGACGGACUUGAUUCUGGAGCACAGAAGUCCAGCUUCCAAAGCUCAAGCUUUAAGCAUCCCGCCCAGCCUGCGCUCCUGCCUCUCGCUGCUCAGCAUCCUCCAGGCCAUCGAGCCGGCAGUGGUCAACGCGGGCCAUGACCCGGCUCAGCCCGACAGCUCGGCCUCGUUGCUGACCAGUCUGAACGAGCUCGGCGAGAGACAGCUGGUGACGGUGGUGCGCUGGGCCAAAGCCAUGCCAGGUUUCCGUGACCUCCAUGUGGACGAUCAGAUGACAGUGAUCCAGUUGUCCUGGAUGGGAGUGAUGGUUUUCGCGCUGGGCUGGAGGAGCCACACCCUCACCAACAGCUCCAUGCUCUACUUCGCUCCAGACCUGGUCUUCAACGACCAGCGGAUGCAGGUCUCCAGUAUGUAUGAACACUGCGUGCGGAUGAAGGUGCUGUCCCAACGGUUCUGCAUGCUGAAGGUCACCCAGGAGGAGUUCCUCUGCAUGAAGGCCCUGGUCCUCUUCAGCAUCAUGCCGGUGGAAGGGCUGAAGAGUCAACGCUGCUUUGAUGAGCUGCGGACCUCCUACAUCAAGGAGCUGGACCGCUUGGCCAGCAACCGUGGGGAGACCACCCGGACGCAGAGGCUGUUUCAGCUCACCCAGCUGCUGGACUACCUACAGUCGAUCGUGAGGAAGCUUCACCAGUUCACCUACGACCUGUUCAUCGAAGCCCAGUCGCUGCAGACCCGGGUCAGCUUCCCAGAGAUGAUCUCCGAGAUUGUCAGCGUGCACGUGCCCAAGAUCCUGUCCGGCAUGGUCAAGCCCAUCCUGUUCCACAACACCGCCUAGCGUCGGCCCGUCUCGCCUCCCGACGGUGAGAGCGUAGCACGGCGUGGCAGUCCAAGGAUUUGUCUGGCGACGUGUACUUUGCGGCCCAAACGCAACGCUAAGAGCAUUCAAAUGAAAUGGAUGGAGUUUGGGUCGGUGUUUGGUAAUGUCCCGUUCAUAAAGGAAAAAACUCAAGUCAUAAAUGAUUUAACUAUUAUAGUCGCAAUUUUUGAUAUAUAUAUUUUAAUAGUCACUGUGACGGUUGAGUUGCAUUUAUUUAUUUUUUUUAAUUAUCAUUUUUAAAAGUCUUAAAUCCCAAAGCAAAUAUCCAUAAAUGAAUUCAUGAUGAAAAUGAAACUACAUUUUUCAGUAAUUUAAAGGAUUUUUUUUAUUUAUCUUAGAUCAAUAAAUAUCUAAAUAAAAAAAAAAGAAAUAAUGCAAAUACAUUAUUUCCCGUAUUUUGUUUCUUAAAAGAAAUGAAUGAAGGGAAUAUACAUUUAAAAAAUCGAAAUGAAAAGUAAAUGAAUAUCAACCAACAUUUAAUGAACACAUCUACACUUUUAAAAAAAAUAAAAACUACAAAUGUGAAUCGAGUGCAUGAAGAAACAACAUAUGGAAUAUAUAUACUUCCCAAGCAUCCGUAAACAAGACUAUUCCAGCCUAAAUCUUAAAUUGACAUCAAGUGUUGCAUCUACUUUCAGGUAGGAAACAGGAGUUUCAGGAUUUGAUAAACCCAGAUAUCAAAACUGGGAGGUCACACAAGCAGUAAGUGAGUGAGUUAAUGGUCCCAGUUUCACGUUUAGGUCCCAGUGUUUUCACAGUUUUCCUUCCGACUUGUUUUCAGUUUAGAUCCAAUGCAGCUUCCCCUGACAACACACCUGGCCUCAGGACAGCGCCACACUUUGGUCGAGAAUAUUGUCUCGAUAUUUGGGAGGAAAUCUUCUUCUUCUCCCCCACAGCACUGCAGUGUAGCGCAGUUGGAAUUAACAGUUCCAUCUCCUUGGCAACAAAUGUAACAGGCGCUUGGCUGACUUGUCGGAAACCACAACUCAAGUUCUGUAAUCAAUGUCGGCGUUUGAAUGCUGCGCACGGUUUGGGAGGCUCCUGCCAAAGCACUGAAGUUGGCCCAAUAUUCAUCUUGUUUUGUUUCUUGUCGGCAUUUGCUUCCCUUCUCUCCCUGACUGGAGGCACCAGACGCCGUUACUGCUGUUCUGACGGACAACACAAAGACAAUUAGCUUGGAGCGCUAAUUUGGGAGCGUUGACGGGGCGCCUCUUGCAAGUCAGUUGCUAUUUCACCACUGUUUCAGUCCGACAGGGAGAUGCUACCUGAAGCCAGCUCUUCAGUGAAGAUGAAUUAAAGGGUUCAAUGACAAGAUAAAACAUCAGUCAUUUUAAGACUUUUUGUUUUUCUUGUCAUCCAUCAAUUCUAUUGCGACUUUUCCUAUAUUUUUAUAUCAUUUUGAAACACUUCAUGUAGCAGUUACAAACCUUGCUAUAAUCUGAAAACAAUUGAUCCACCUCAACUAGUUUUUAUUAAAGAUGGAUGGAUGGAUGGAUGGAUGGAUGGUUGGUUGGUUGGUUGGUUGGUUGGUUGGAUGGAUGGAUGGAUGGAUGGAUGGAUGGAUGGAUGGUGGAUGGAUGGAUGGAUGGAUGGAUGGAUGGACAACAAAAGUUGAUAGAAAGAGCAGUUUCAUCUUGAAAAGAGGGUUUAAAUCUGACCCUAGUCACACUCUGCUUAAAAAAAAACCACCCAGAAAAGGUGCGCUUCUCUGUCAAUGAUGGCCGACGCUACAUCAUAAGCUUACAUUGUAAGGAAAUAUUAACUCGCUUGACAAUCUGAAGCUCAUAUUUAUUACACACGCGAUGACACAUUCACUUUGCUGUGACCACGUUCCAGCGUUCAAAUUUGGGCUAAAAAACAAAAACAUCUUGACGAGUCAAAAGUGGACCGCAAAGUACACGGCGGACCGGCCGGAGCGGAGACACAUUUCCAUGCUUCUCUUUCUGAACCGUCGCGUCAAGCCCACUUCCUGUGUCAAUAUUCCGCUUCACGCCAUCUCGCCGACGUGCAUGUUCAUGUGCAGUAGUACAACUUUUCAAAUAGCCUUUUUGAAAAAGAUUUGACUGAGUCAUGUGCACCUUAUCAAGCGUGGCGCGCAUGCUGGAGUCGCCACUGGGUUUCUAGUGAAGACACACUGUUCCCAUCUACAGACACCAGUCAGCUACUCAUCAACCAGAAAUGGAAAUCAAUUUCCGUAUGGCUGAAAACGUGGGGAUUACAAGCAAAAUAAGAGUGUGAAAAUCAGUCAAUUGAGCUGACGGGCGGGUUUGUUUGUAGAAGACUUUGAAUGAAUUGGUUCAGAGUGGACAUUUCAUACUGUUGUAACUUUUCUACUGUUCUUAAAAAGUGUCCUUUUCCAGUGCUGGUUUGUGAAUCAUUGUGUACUUGUCGUAGCUCUUGACUGAAUGUUUUUUGAACAUUAAAGAUUCAAACAUGAGCUUC